UUGAUGUUGAUAUUGUUGAUAAUUGUUGAUUGACGUUUCGUGAGUAAUGUCGGUAUCUACUUAAAUUGCAAUUGCUACGGUGUGUAUGAAGUGAAAUUGAUUUGAAUAUUUUUUAGAACUUCAUUGUUUUGUGACAAUGAUUAAAUUUGAAUCAGUCUUCUAUUCAUAAUUCCAAAUUAAAAUUGAACGUUAUCAAUCUGUACAAAUGAGUCAAUCAAAUCAGAUAAUAUUGUGUUCAAGCUUUGUUUGUUUAGUUUUGUGCUUAAUAACUCAACAGUGGAUUGGCUCAUCUUCAUUAUCGUUCUAUUUGCCAAUAGUGUGGGCGGUUGUUGUUACAAUCUUAUCAACAUGGAUAAGCUGUUUUGUUCUCAAACUGUCUUUGAGAGCUAAUUCUCCCAUAACAUUACCUGUUGUUUCAAGAUGGUUACGGAAGAAAAUUGAGUUUUACCUCAAAUUAAAUUUAGGGCCAAAUGAAAGGUAUUUAUCGUGUAACAGCCCGCGUGUAGAAAGCAAUAAAGAAGAUAAAAGUGAUGAAUUCAAUAAAGCUGCAACGUUCAAGUCCAACAGUUGUAAAGAUUCAGAACAUUUGGGUAAAAUAACAAACGAAAUAGAUGUUAAGUACAUUAAAACAUGGUACAAAAGUGUAAGUGACGACGAAAGAUUUCCAGAGGAAUCAAGAGACUUAUUGCUAAAGUUAUCAAUAAGAUUAAAUCAUUGCAUUGAGUCUAUUGAUAAAGUAAGUUUUGUUGACAAAUUAGCCGGAGUAUUACUUUUUCACCUGAAAGAAUAUCGAAGAGCAGUUCGUCGAGUAGAGAAAGGAUAUGCAGGUAAUGUCGAGGAAGCAUACCGUUGCUCUCAUCCAGGUUCUCGAAGUCCUUUAGCACUGGAAUAUACACUUGGUCGACUAGUUACUGUUAUUGCGAGAGAAUUUUUACAAUGGGAACUUGGCAGUUCUUUGCCUUGUAAACUAUUAUUAUCUAUUUUGUCCAAAAGACUCUUAAUAAUGCUUGAGACAAUGUGCUCUCCAAUCUGGAUUUUAAAUCAUCUUACCCAACUUAAUUCCACAACUGAAGGACAGAUACAAACAACACUGUCUACUAUAGAUAGUGUCACUAUCCCUUCAGCGCUUAGUGAAGGUAUGAUUACAGCAGCAGCAAUAGCUCGGCCAUUAUCGAAACCAGAUUGUAUACCCUUACUUGAAGUGAAGAUAGAAGUCAAUAAUACAGAUUCCGAUCCUGAAAAAUCCCCAUUAAGUUUGGAAAUUCCGAUUAGCGGUCAUCGAUGUCUUUGGGGUGACUUGAGUGCUUUAGAAGCUGAUUCUGAAAUGGAUGAUGAUAGAAUAUCUCCAGUCUAUGAAGAGCCCACCGACUUUGCUUCAACUAUUGCUAGACUCAGAAAUCUCUUACAACAAAAAUCUACUGCUACAACGCCGUUACAUCCUGAAGAAAAAUCUUAUGUAAUUUGUGAGGAAAGCCAAUUUACAAAUUUAGCUAUUCCGUUGACAGAAUUUUACACAGCACCUGAUGGAUCUCAGCAACUGCUUUAUUGCAUUCAGUUUGACGAUGUAGAACAGCAUGGAGUAGAUACGUUUGAAACUACUACUGCUACAGUUCGACGUCAGUAUUCUGAUUUCGCACAGUUGCACGCUAGUUUGGAAGAGAUUCCAUCUUUGUCGGCAAUUAUGGCAGACAUAAUACUUCCCGAAGGAGGUCGAGUUGAACUGGAAAAUUACUUGAAAGCAUUGUGUGCGAGUCUUAGAAAUGAAUAUUCGGGACAACUACGUCGUUUUCUGCGACCUAGCAGUGGCGCUGGUAAGAAAGCGGAUGUGGUAGCCCCUCGAUUUGAUCGAUUUUUGGCAAAAACUGUGAGCGGCGUGUUCAACACAUUAAAAACUGUGGUGCCGGGUUUUGAAAUGGAUCAGGAAGAAGAAAAUGUACCGUUACCGACUUUAAUGCCGUUGGCAGACAUUCCAUGGAGAUUUGUACAAGACAUUAAUCAAAAGAAUUUGGCAUUUGACUUAGGCCAAUUCGUUGCUGAUAGGACAGAUUAUUGUUCUGUUGAUACAGCAUACGAGGCUGUUGAAUCUGUUGAAGGAAGUGGAGAUUCGGAUCUUUUAGCCCAUUGGUGGGAAAUAAUUAAUGCAACUUGUGAUGAGGAGUUAGAUGAAUUAGAUUCCAGUCUCUCCUUAACGUGUGCUGGCAUUGAUUUGACAUGCGAGAUUCUCGCUGGCGUAAAAAGUAAUAAUGCAUUUCAGCAAGAGUCAGUGAUCAGAUGGUUCAAGUUGCUAUUGGGAAACAUUACAGAACCUUUAAUGCAGGAUAUUGUCUUUUGGACCUACGAUCGCUGCGAAAUUUUUCCAAUAAAACCCAGCGCACCAGCAAAUGAUUGCGAAGAUUCCAUUGACAUUCUGCAAACAAGAUUGUUCUCAUUGUUGGAAAACAAAAUCCCACAGUGUGUUAAAUUAAUUUUCGGAGAGAAUGAUACAAAAGAAAUGUUGAAAUUUAUCAUAAGCUCACUUGAAGUGAAAAAAAUCAAUAAGGAUUUGCAUUUGCAAAUGUUUGAUGUAAUUGCAUCGCAGAUGUUAGCAUCUUGUCGAUUGAACCCGCAAAAGUUAUAAGCUCCUAAAGCAUGAAUACAAUUUACAUUUCAUCUUUCAGUGUAUCAUUAUUCUUUGACUGUAAAAGCUUUCUGUGAUUGAGUCUCUUUAUAUGUCGCAUAACUUCCUCUUUAACCUUUAAGUAUGAAAAUGGUUUAAUUUUUUCACUAACACGGACCUGAUGUCUCACAGACCGCUGUAUAUAUUUAUUUAUUGAAUUUGUAAAUAUUUUUUUUCAAGGAAUCUGUAUUGUUACUAGAGAAGAUAACACCGAUCAGUGAAGAUAUCUUUUUCACUCACUGUGAAAAUAGAAAUUAACACUAUCGAUCCAUGUUAACUCUCUGAAUAACAGAAAUUCUUAAAAUCUUUUCAGACAAAAUGGAGAUAUGAAUUAAAUUUUUGUUUACAAAAAUUUUUGUUCUGAAAAAAGAUCUUCCAUAUCGUCCCGAUAGAAGGCGAAUAACAGAACUUCCGAUUGCCGAUCGGGUGCUUUUCCCAAUAAGCUACUAGAGAGAUCGAAAGAAGAAUCCUUUUUUAGAAACACACGCUGUAUUAUGCAAUCUGUUACCUAUCAAUAAGAAAAAUAUAAAUUAAAGUUAACAUUUUCAAUGCUCCAAAUUCAAGAAUCAAUCAAUAAACUUUACAAUUUUCAAAAUUUUAAUUUGU